AACUGCACGUCUUUAGUUUCACGUAAAUCAGAGCUCCCAUGAUAAAAUUAGGAAUUAUCCGUACGUUGCAGUUCCAUAAUAAAACUUAAUUCCUUUCAUUAUUCUUUUUCGGGGCAACAAUGGUGAGUGGCACUGAAGAUGGUGGUAACGACGAGCAUGGCAAUGGGAUCAGGAAGAGAGUCUGUAUGUGGAGCAAACAAGAUCUCUUGCCAGAGGAGUCGUUCCAGAGUUGGGGGAACUAUGUGAAGGCAUUAGGCAGUACAAAAAGCAGGCUCAAAGAUCGACUCCUGGCACGCUCCCUAGACCAUCUGGAGCUACAGGAGAUGCGUUCUCGUAGCCAGCACGAGAUGAAGAAAGUUCUAAACUGGUGGGAUCUCAUCUGGUUUAGUAUCGGAGCCGUCAUGGGCGCUGGAAUCUUCGUCCUCACUGGUGAGGCUAUCAGGAACGAUGCUGGCCCUGCAGUCGUGAUUUCAUACAUCAUCUCAGGCAUAUCUGCACUGCUCUCUGUGCUGUGCUACACUGAGUUUGCAGUUGAACUCCCGGUGGCAGGAGGGUCCUUUGCUUAUCUUAGAGUAGAGCUGGGUGACUUCAUGGCAUAUAUUGCUGCUGGAAACAUUCUUUUCGAGUAUAUAGUAGGCGGUGCUGGUGUGGCUCGAUCCUGGACUUCCUAUUUUGCGACCCUUUGCAACCACAAACCGAAUGAUUUUCGAAUAACUGUGUCAUCCCUUGCCGAAGGCUACAACCAUUUAGACCCAAUUGCCAUUGCUAUCUCCAUUGCAGUUUGUGUUGGUGCAUGCCUAAGCAUUAAGGGGUCAUCCAGAUUCAACUCCAUUACAACCAUCCUCCAUAUUAUAAUCUUGAUUUUUAUAGUAGCCGCAGGCCUUACAAAGGCUAACCAUGCCAAUUUUGAAACCUUUAUGCCUUUUGGUAUCGAAGGUGUUUUGAAAGCUUCUGCACUCCUCUUCUUUGCUUACCUUGGAUUCGAUGGAGUAGCGACCUUGGGAGAAGAGGUGAAGAACCCGGGUAGAGAUAUCCCAAUUGGGUUAAUUGGUUCCAUGUCGAUCGUCAUUGUAAUUUAUUGCAUUCUAGCUGCAACAGUGAGCUUGAUGCAGCCAUACACACAAGUUGAUGCUGAUGCACCCUUCACCGUCGCAUUCCAAGCGGUAGGGAUGAAUUGGGCGAAAUACAUCGUUGCAUUUGGAGCAUUAAAGGGCAUGACCACAGUUCUGCUUGCUAACAUCAUUGGCCAAGCUCGAUAUUUCACUCAUAUUGCACGUACCCACAUGGCACCCCCGGUUCUUGCUGUCAUCAAUGAGAAAACCGGGACACCCAUGAAUGGCACGAUCAUUAUGACUGUUGCAAACUCCAUUGUUGCAUUCUUUACAAGCCUGGAUGUGUUAGCAAACCUUCUCUCCAUAUCUACACUAUUUAUCUUUUCCCUUGUUGCAGUUGCUUUGAUCGUGAGACGAUAUUAUGUCACGGGUGAGACAUCGGACGCUGACCGCAAGAAGCUUGCCGUGUUCUUGGCGUUGAUCAUAGGGUCGUCUAUUUGCUCAGCUGCAUAUUGGGCACUUAGCAAUAACGGUUGGGUUGGAUACAUAGUGACAGUACCGGUUUGGUUUUUAGCCACACUGGGACUAAAGUUGACAGUGAAGGAAGCAAGGAAACCUAAAAUGUGGGGAGUGCCGUUAGUUCCUUGGUUGCCAUCAGCUUGCAUUGCAAUCAACGUCUUCAUCAUGGGUUCGAUCGAUCGUCAGUCAUUUGUGAGAUUCAGUCUCUGGACAUUGGUUUUGCUCGUCUACUACAUUUUUGUGGCACUGCAUGCUUCUUAUGAUGCUGCUAAGGAGACUGAGAGGCAACUUCAGGCAACUCAAGGAACGAACAUUGAGGCCGGGAUUGUCAGUUAGCAAAACAGAACUUGAUUCAAUGAAAAGUGAUCUCCUGUAGAUAAGGUUAGAACUUUAUUAUUCAAUUUCUCAUAUAGGACGCUAAGGAGUAAGAAACGAUUUCUUUCUUCUUUUCUUCUUUUUUGUUGUUUCGAAGAUUUCGAAGUUCCUGCUCUCGUAAGAAGGCAAUUCAGGAGACAAGUAAUGGGUUCAACCUGUAACCUGAUAUUUUAUGUUGGUUAAGAUUUAAGAGUUAUUGUUUUGGUU